AGUCUCGCGAAAUCGUUUGACCGGUGAUCAUCUCUUAAACGACAUUCGGACAAAGUGAAGUGAAGAAACAGAAAAAAAGAAGUAAAAUAUAGAAAAAUAAAGAAGUGAAAAAUAUUCAAAUUCAAGCAGCGCUCGAGAAGAGUUUUAAGUGACAACUUCAAGUUAUUAGACAAAAGACAUAAUGAUGAAGAUUUUGAUGACAUUUCUGACAAUUGUCACACUUGAAACAAUCAACACAAGUCCGGAAGCUGAUCCUUUAGGAAUCAAAUAUUUCGUUGCAAAUCCAAAAUCGCUUGAUUAUAAGUUCACAGGAAAGAAAGACGAACAUCGUUUCGGUGUUGAACUCAAAGAGAAUAAACAAUUCCAUCACACAAAAACAGCUGAAGAUGGUGUCAGACUAGGUUGUUAUGGACACGAGCAAGAUGGAAAAAUGUAUUCGACUCAUUAUGUGGCUGAUGGAAAAGGGUACCGGUUAGUUCCGCAUCAAGAUUUGAUAACCGUUUAUCCUAAAGACGGAGGAGAAGCGAGAAAAGCUUCUUUUGUACAGUCUUUUAAUGAAGAAGAAAUCAGAAGUGAAAAUAUUCGUUACUUCUUCCCGGAAGGUUGUCAGUCACCUAAAAUCGAAAUAGAGAAGAUUGAAGUGAAAUCAGGUUUGCUAAAUGGUGCUUCUCAAGGAGCUACAAAGCCACAGCAAACUUCACCAGGAUCAGAAGCUGGAAAACUAUCAGGGACAAGUUCAAUAACAUCAAAUGGAAAACAAAAGAAAGGGCGUGAAUUAGACUUUCCACCAUCAGAUCAAUCAGGUGGGAAAGCUUCACCAAAUCAAGUAACAGAGACACCAAAGUCAGAAAAACCAACAAAUCUUAAUGAAACGCCUACAACUGAGAAACAAAAAAUUUACGAAGAAUUGAAAAGUCAGGAAAUUUCAGCUGGAAAACCAGCAACAACACCUCCAAGUGAUUCAUCAAAAAUAAAGCAAGAACCCAUCGUUACAGAUACUAAGUCAUCAAUUCCUUCAACAGGUGGUGUAACGUCCAAUGUGUUAACUCUCACUCCAAAGAUUUCUUCAGGUAAUUUAAAUAAUAAUUACAUUCCACCGAUUAAUACAUUCACACCAGAUGCAAGAGCUUCAUUGACACCGCAAUAUCGAAAUGAGAAUAAAGAAUGUUCAGACACGUGUUGUGAUGAUAAUCGACCUCAAAUAUUAUUGUCACGUUCAACUCUAGGUUCUUGUUGCAAAGGUGUUGCCAAAAUCGUGAUUCCACUGCCAAUGGAAACGCUGUCUAAAAUUUCAACAAGUGAAAUCAUUGAAAUUACAUCAGAAACAAGUAACAUUGUAAUGCUUGAAAAGCUUUUGAAGCUUGUUGAAAAAUACAAACUUUAAAAUAAUGUUGAGAAUAUUUAAUAAAAGUAUUAAAAAAAAUAUGUUGAGUUUGCUGAUUUAUGUUUAUUGUAAGGUUGAAGCU